CUCUACAUAAGAAGCUAUCUAGAAAAGUUUCUAUCCUUGGACCGAUAUGAAGAAUUUUCUAUAAUAUUGCAAGUUAAAUAUAUUUAUAUAUAUAUAUAUAUAUAUAUCAUCUUCACCUUCAAAAAACAAGAAGCUUGACCAUCUCCUUGAGUUGUGUAUAGACGAAGAAAGUACAGUGCCAGCUGAAGAAGAAAGCCAGACAUAGAGUUUUUGUUUCUCAGUUGACAGGUUAGAAGUUAGAAGAUGGAAUGGAUACAAAGGAGGAAAGUGGCGAUAUCCCUACUACUGCUUGCUAUCUUCAUUUCCUUGAACUUAAGUAGUCUUGAUGGUCAAAUAAUUAAACUAGAAAAGGAAUUGGUUGAAAUAGAGAAUGGGUCAGGAUCCAUGCAGCAAUCAGAUGAUACUGUGAGGAUUGAUCCUUUGGACAAUUUCAAGAAAUACAGAGGAGGAUAUGACAUUACGGAGAAACAUUAUUGGAGUUCAACCAUUUUUACAGGUAUAUAUGGCUAUGCCAUUGCUGUGGUGUGGCUCUUGUUUGGCGUAGGAUAUGGACUAUUUCUUCUUGCUUCAACUUUUUGCUGCAAAAGAAAGAACAGAAACCUCAAAAAGAGAUCAACUUGUCACAAUGAACACUACUAUCUCUGCCUUAUUCUCUCAGCCAUUUUCUUGACAAUUUUAGCCAUAACAGCAACAGGCCUUGUUCUAGGAGGGAACGCAAAGUUUCAUUCAAGAACUGAUACAGUAGUGGACAUUAUAAUAGAUACAGCAGAUGGGGCAUCAGAGACCAUUUACACUACAACUGAAGCCAUGAAAGAAAUGAAUAAUGGCUUAAAAGGGACUGAUUUAGGUAAAGAAGCUGCUGACUUCUUGAUUCCUACCUCUACAAGUCUUGACAGACAGGCUGAUGAUAUACAUAGGGAAGCCAGAAAAAAUAGGCGAUUAAUCGAGAAACUUCUCAAGAUAGUGUACAUAGUAACUACAGUGGUUAUUUCUCUAAACUUGGUUGCUGUAAUUGCCCUAUCAGUAUUUGGAAUACUCAAAUUUAGAAGAACCCUUAACUUGCUCAUUACAUUGUGUUGGAUCUUUACAACUCUGUGUUGGUUUCUUUUUGGCAUUUAUUACUUCUUAGACAACUUUGCUGGAGAUACAUGCACUGCACUAGAAAAUUUCCAGUCAGAUCCCUACAACAGCAGUUUGAGCUCAAUUCUUCCCUGUGAUGAAUUGGUUUCAGCUGAAUCAGUCCUUUAUGAUGUCAGUGAAGGGGUACAUCGAAUAGUUAACGAGGUGAACCAAAGGUUAUCUACAGAUUAUGGAAAUGUUGCACAAAUCUGCAAUCCUUUCUCCGGUCCACCAGAAUACAACUACCAGCCACGAAACUGUUCAUCUACUACAAUUCGAAUAGGGGAUCUCCCUGGGUUCUUAAGGAUGUUGACAUGCACUGAUCCAAACUGCAAGGGAGGAGUGAUGGUCUCCCCUAGAGAAUUCAACAAUGUGGAGGCAUACACAAUUGCUCUCCAGAAAAUCCUCGACGCGUACCCUGGAAUGGAGAACCUAACUCAGUGUGACACAGUAUUUAAUGCAUUCGACGAUAUCAUUCACAAACAUUGCAAACCAUUGAAGAAAAGCGCGCAUUUGGUAUGGGGAGGACUUGUUUUCCUCUCAGUUGUAAUGGUAGCAUUAGUCCUCGUUUGGUCUUUCGAAGCACGACAUGAAGGGAAUCAUCACAACUUAGAUACUUCUGUCAAGCCUCAUUCUGCAACAGCAGAUAUGCUGGAAUUAGGCACAGCAAAAGAAGCCAACACAGGCUCAAAUUCUAUUUCAGUCAUGUAAAUAAUAAUAGAUAUUACUUCAUUGUAUCGCACAGAUAGAAAAGAUCAUAGGCGUUAAUUUAGAAGAAUUAUGAGAGAUCAAAUAAUGCUCUGGAGAAGAAGCAAGCUUCGACGCUCUCCCAGACAACAACAGAGGCAUCAUGGUUAAAGAGCAUCCAACGCAAAGCGGCCUUUCAUUCUUUUAUUUUGUUUGGGUACAUCUCCCUGCACCCUCAUCUCAGGGGACCAGAAAAUGCCUUUCGUUUUUUUUUUUCCUAUGGAGGAAAAUGUAGUAGAGUUAUAGGACCAGAUUUUUUUUAGUUUUGCUUAUUGUUUUCCAGAAUUAGGCCGAAUAGGAAAUUCUUGCUUCUUCUGAAAGUUGAAGAAGCCAGCAAUGGGGACAAACCCCUCAAUGGCAUGUCUGAAAUUCAUAAAGCUAGAAGAGUAUUCACUUUUAUUCAAUCUUUUCCCACAGCUCAAGGGCA